ACCCAGUGAAGCUAAGUGUCUUGCCCCCAGGAAAUGGCGGAGGUGGAUUUGAACCCUAGAAGCUUGAUUGCUGUCUUUGUGUCCCCGUCAUUCUUUCGAGCCGCUGGGACAUGAUGCAUGAGUCAGAAACGAGCGGGAUCCACCCUUGGGGUUCCUGCCCUGCUGGCUGGAACUGUGGGUUCUUUACGACUUUACAGGCAGAGGUGGAGGAGACCCUGAAGCGACUCCAGAGCCAGAAGGGCGUGCAGGGAAUCAUCGUGGUAAACACAGAAGGCAUUCCCAUCAAGAGUACCAUGGACAAUCCCACCACCACACAGUACGCCAGCCUCAUGCACAACUUCAUCUUGAAGGCCCGGAGCACCGUGCGCGAAAUUGACCCCCAGAAUGACCUCACCUUCCUUCGAAUUCGCUCCAAGAAAAAUGAAAUUAUGGUUGCACCAGAUAAAGACUAUUUCCUGAUUGUGAUUCAGAAUCCAACUGAAUAAGCCGCUUUCUUGGCUCCCUGCGUCAUUCCUUAAUUUAAUGCCCCUCAAGAAUAAUAGCGUUAAAUCAUGUCCACUGACGGGCACGUGGAAGGCACGUUAGAGCCCUCCCAGACCAGUCCGUGACCCGGGUGGGCUGCAGCCCCUCCCACCCCACCAACGUCAUUCCUGGCCAGCUGCCCCUGAUUUUCCAGGAGGAAAAUCACGUCCAGGUUUUGGAGCAAGAGCUUGUGAGAAGCCCACACCCUGUUUCCUUCUGACUUUGUCGCCCUUGGAAAAGGCUGUUUUUCUUUAACUAAAAAUAACCAGAAUGCUUA